AUGGCCGAUCCAUCGUCGAAUAAAGCAUUUAUUUCUCCAUUUAAGAAGCCCAGGUACAUCGAUUCCACAAAACCUGUUAGUCAAUAUUUUUAUAUACAAGCAAUCCUUUUCAGUGGGAUUGUCACUUGCAUAGAAACAUUAAUAACCUACCCAACAGAAUACGUCAAAACACAAAUUCAACUGGACGGAAGAGACAAUAAGAGAGUAUAUAAAGGUAUUUUUGAUUGUUUUAAUAGUACAAUACAACGGCAUGGCGUGACUGGCUUGUAUAGAGGACUAUCUAUUCUCUUGUGUGGAUCUAUACCGAAAUCAGUUAUUAGAUUUGGAUCUUUUGAACUGUAUAAAGAGCAGUUGUUACAAGCUACAGGAUGUUAUGAACUCAACCUGGCACAAACUACUUUAUGUGGUUUAGCAGCGGGUAUUACUGAAGGUUUACUGAUUGUCACACCAGUGGAAACUAUAAAAGUUAAAUUCAUUGAGGAUCAACGUUUGGAAACAUUUAGAUACAACAAACUAGUUUACGGUCUAGGAAUUAUUUUUAAAGAACAAGGAAUAAGAGGUAUGUAUAAAGGUGUUGCUGCAACCGUCGCCAAACAAGGUACAAGUCAAGCCACUCGAUUCUGGGUGAUGAACUCGUGUAAAAAUUGGUACAAAAGCGAUGACGUAGAGAAACCUAUUCCAAAAUAUAUGAUAGGUAUAUUUGGGGGAUUAGCAGGAUUCGUUUCAGUUUUGGUAAAUAAUCCUUUAGAUGUCGUCAAAACUCGAAUGCAAGCUAUCGAUGCUGUGAAGUAUAAAGGUAUACUAGACUGCUUCAUCAAAACUAUGAUCAAUGAGGGUCCGUUAUCAUUCUAUAAAGGAACUAUUCCUCGUUCCUGUCGCGCUAUUUCGGAAGUUGGUAUCACCUUCAUAAUUUACGAAAGUAUUAUGCAGAAUUGGAACAGUAGGCAGCCCCGGCAAUUAUGA